AUGAGCUACAGCGCGGAGCCGGCGGCGCUGGCCGCCUCCUACCGCCACCUCUUCGCGGAGGCCCCGCGGCGCUCCGAGAUGCCGGCGGGCCGGUGGGCGCGCCCGGGCGCGGAGCCGGAGGCGGUGCGGGAGCGCGGCGCGGAGCCGCGGCGGGCGCGGAGCAGCGAGAAGGAGCAGCUGCAGGGCCUCAACGAGCGCUUCGCCGGGUACAUUGAGCGGGUGCGGGCGCUGGAGGAGCGGAACCAGGCGCUGGCGGCGGAGCUGGCGGCGCUGCGGCAGCGCUCGGACGAGCCGCGCCGGCUGGGGCAGAUGCUGGGCGGGGAGCUGCGCGCCCUGCGCGCCCGGCUGGAGGAGGCGCACGGGGAGCGGGCGCAGGCGGCGCUGGAACGGGCGCGCCUGGCCGAGGAGACGCAGCGGCUGCGGGCGCGCUGCGAGGAGGAGGCGCGGAGCCGCGCCGAGGCGGAGCGGGCGCUGCGCUCCCGGCAGCAGGCGGCCGAGGCGGCCUCCCGCGCCAGCGCCGAUCUGGAGCGGCGGGCGGCGGCGCUUCAGGAGGAGCUGGCGGCGCUGCGCAGCGCCCACGCCGAGCAUCUCGCCGAGCUGGGCGCCGCGUUCCCGGCCGCGGCCCCGCCGCCGGCCCAGCGGCCCGACCUGGCCGCGGCGCUGCGGGAGCUGCGCGCUCAGUACGAGGCGCUGGCGGCCCGCAACCUGCAGGCGGCCGAGGACUGGUACCGCGCCCGCUGCGCCCGCCUGCACGAGCGGGCGGCCCGCAGCCAGGAGGCCGUGCGUGCCAGCCGCCGGGAGGCCGGCGAGUGCCGCCGCCAGCUCCAGGCUCGCCUGGUGGAGAUGGAGAGCCUGCGCGGUGCUCACCAGUCCCUGGAGAGGCAGCUGCAGGAGCUGGAGGAGCGGCACAACGCCGAGGCCGCCGGCCUGCAGGACACCAUUGGACAGCUGGAGGAUGACCUGCGAAACACCAAAAAUGAGAUGGCUCGGCACUUGAGGGAGUACCAAGACCUGCUCAAUGUCAAGAUGGCCCUUGAUAUCGAGAUAGCUGCUUACAGGAAGCUGCUGGAGGGAGAGGAGACCCUCUUCAACAUGGGAAGCAGUGGCCUUCCAUCACUCAGUUCCCUUCACAGCCCCACUUACUCAUUCCAGCCAAGGAGCUUUAGUUCCUCUACUUUGUCCUUCAAAGAGGAGGAGCAAGGAGAGGUUAUUAAAGUGACCUCUAAAAUAUCAUCCAGCAGGGCUGAUGUGAUUGAGGGGACCAUAACCUCUGUCAAGAAAAGAGGGAGGUUAAACCUGCAUGAAGGUAUCCUUGCAAAUGCAAAGAUGUAA